AUGUCAGAGUUUGAUGCUCGUCUUAGCACUGCACUGUAUCACAUUGCCAUUCUAGGAACUGUGGCAUACUUUGUGGCGGUUUAUGUGUUUGGUUUCCGAAAAGAAAAACUAGAAGCUUUCAUAUGUUAUCUCCUGUCUGGAUGGGUACACAGAAAGUUCUUUCACAGAGAAAAAGCGAUCUUGUUUCAGCAAAUGCAAGAUAUAAAACAGAAAUCAAAAACAGAGUUAGCUAUUUUAGAAAUCGGUGUUGGAAGCGGCAUGAAUUUCAGAUUUUAUCCGGAAGGAACCAGAGUGACUUGUCUGGAUCCUAACCCACACCACGAGGCGUAUUUGAGAAAGAAUUUGCAGAAGUGUGAUAAGAAUGUCAAGGUUGUUGGCUUUAUCCAGAGUUUUGCAGAAAAUAUAUCAGCCGUUGAGAGCGACACAUUCGAUGCUGUUGUGUGCACAUUAACUUUGUGUACAGUACGUGACCCUGCUAAAGUUUUGUCAGAAGUCAGGCGAGUUUUGAAACCAGGCGGAACAUUUUUCUUUCUGGAACAUGUGGCAGCACAAAAGGGAUCAUUUAUUCGUCGAGUGCAGAACAUCCUCCAGUACAUGUGGCCACAUUUGGCUAGUGGAUGCAACAUAAACAGGGAAACCUGGUCCUUUUUGGACCAGUCUGAGUUUUCUCAAGUACAGUACAGACAUUAUUCUGCCAACACAUGGUUGUUUUUCUAUCUCCGACCAAGCAUGUACGGAACUGCUGUCAAGUGA